GGGCAGUGGGAGCCCUGAGACUAUGGAUGGUGCCAUGGGGCUGCGGUUGCUGCUGUGUGCAUACUUGGUGUCUCUGCUUGCCCUGCAGGCCGAGCCCGCUCCAGACCCGACUACAGGCAGGUCCAAGGGCAGCGAGAAGCGACAGGCUGUGGACACAACUGUCAACAACGUGUUCAUCCGGAGUUUGAAAGUCAACUGCAAAGUCACCUCUCGCUUCGCCCACUAUGUCAUCACCAGCGAAAUGGUCAACACUGCUGAUGAAGCCAGGGAAGUGGCCUUCGAUGUGGAAAUCCCCAAGACAGCUUUCAUCAGUGACUUUGCCAUCACAUCAAAUGAAAAUACAUUUGUUGGGGACAUAAAAGACAAAGUGACUGCUUGGAAGCAGUACCGGAAAGCAGCCAUCUCAGGAGAGAAUGCUGGCCUUGUCAGGGCCUCGGGGAGAACUAUGGAGCAAUUCACCAUCCAUAUCUCCAUCAGUCCCCGGAGCAAGGUCAAAUUUCAACUGACCUAUGAGGAGGUGCUGAAGCGAAGCCUUAAGCAGUACGACAUUGUCAUCAAAGUCAAGCCCAAGCAGCUAGUGCAUCAUUUUGAGAUUGAUGUGGACAUCUUUGAGCCCCAGGGGAUCAGCAAACUGGAUGCCCAGGCCUCCUUCCUACCCAGGGAACUGGCAGCCCAAACUAUCAAGAAGUCCUUCUCAGGGAAAAAGGGUCAUGUGUUUUUCCGCCCCACUGUGGGCCAGCAGCAGACCUGCCCCACAUGCUCUACAUCCUUGCUGGACGGGGACUUCAAGGUGACCUAUGACGUCAAUCGAGAAAACCUCUGCAACCUCCUGGUGGCCAAUAACUACUUUGCCCACUUCUUUGCCCCCCAAAACCUGACAAACAUGAACAAGAACAUGGUUUUUGUGAUUGACAUCAGUGGCUCCAUGAGAGGUCAGAAAGUGAAGCAGACCAAGGAGGCACUCCUUAAGAUUCUGGGGGACAUGCACCCAGAAGACUACUUUGACCUGGUCCUCUUUGGGUCUCAAGUGCAGUCAUGGAGGGGCUCACUGGUACAAGCCUCCCAAGCCAACCUGCAAGCAGCUCGAAACUUUGUGCAGGGCUUUUCCCUGGACGAAGCCACAAACCUGAAUGGAGGUUUGCUCCGGGGGAUUGAGAUCUUGAACAAAGCUCAGGAAAGCCUCCCAGAGCUCAGCAACCAUGCCUCGAUUCUCAUCAUGUUGACAGACGGCGAUCCCACAGAGGGGGUGACGGAUCGUUCCCAAAUCCUCAAGAACGUCCGCAACGCCAUCCGGGGCAGGUUCCCGCUCUACAAUCUGGGCUUCGGCCACAACGUGGACUUUAACUUCCUGGAGGUCAUGUCCAUGGAGAACAACGGACGGGCCCAGAGAAUCUACGAAGACCGUGACGCCGCCCAGCAGUUGCAGGGUUUCUACAGCCAGGUAGCCAGACCCUUGUUGGUGGAUGUGGAAUUGCAGUACCCCCAGGAUACUGUGUCGGCCCUGACCCAGCACCGCCAUAAACAGUACUAUGAAGGCUCGGAGAUCAUGGUGGCCGGGCGCAUUGCUGACCACAAACUGGGCAGCUUCAAGGCUGACGUGCAGGCCCAUGGGGAGGGCCAAGAAUUCAGGACUACCUGCCUGGUGGAUGAGGAAGAGAUGAAGAAACUGCUCCGAGAGCGUGGCCACAUGCUAGAGAACCACGUGGAACGCCUCUGGGCCUACCUCACUAUCCAGGAGCUGCUGGCCAAGCGGAUGAAGGUGGAGGGGGAGGAGAGAGCCAACCUGUCAUCCCAGGCUCUGAAGAUGUCACUGGCCUAUCAGUUUGUGACCCCACUGACUUCCAUGACCAUCAGGGGCAUGGCAGACGAGGACGGCCUGAAGCCCACCAUUGACAAACCACCCGAGGAUUCUCUGCCCUUGGAGAUGGUGGGACACAGAAGGACAUUCGUACUGGCAGCCUCACAACCUUCCCCUACUCACUCCAGCGCCAACAUCCAGCGGCUGCCAAACCAAGUGACUGGUGUGGACACUGACCCCCACUUCAUCAUCUACGUGCCCCAGAAAGAGGACAGCUUGUGCUUCAACAUCAACGAGGAUCCUGGUGUGAUCCUGAACCUGGUACAGGACCCUGACACAGGCUUCUCAGUGAAUGGGCAGCUCAUUGGCAGCAAAGCCAGGAGCCCUGAGCAGCAUGCGGGCACGUACUUCGGGCGGCUGGGGAUUGCAAAUCCCAAGACAGACUUUCAACUGGAAGUGACUCCUAAGAACAUUACAUUGAACCCCAGUUCGGGUGGGCCUGUGUUCUCCUGGAACGAUCAGGCUGCGCUGCGUCAGGACAGAGUGGUGGUGACCAUCAACAAGAAGAGGAACCUGGUGGUGUCUGUGGAUGAUGGGGCUACCUUUGAGGUCGUCUUGCACCGAGUAUGGAAGGGGAGCGCGGUCCACCAGGACUUUCUGGGCUUCUAUGUGCUGGACAGUCACCGGAUGUCAGCCCGAACGCAUGGGCUGUUGGGACAAUUCUUCCGCCCCUUUGGUUUUGAAGUGUCCGACCUCCACCCGGGCUCUGAUCCCGCAAAGCCAGAUGCCACGAUGGUGGUGAAGAACCACCGGUUGACAGUCACCAGGGGGUUGCAAAAAGACUACAGCAAGGACUCCUGGCAUGGGGCGGAGGUGUCUUGCUGGUUCAUCCACAACAAUGGAGCUGGGCUGAUUGAUGGCAUUUACACUGACUAUAUCGUCCCUGACAUCUUCUGAGCCCUCUAGCCAGCAUGCCUGUCUUCCCUGGGACCAAAGCAGAAGAGGACAACAUCCUGACCUACUGUCUGGGCUACACACCUCCCCCACCAAGCUGAUCCUCUGUAUCAAAGCACCUAUGCCUUCCAUUAAAGAGAGACUAUGUC